AUGAAGCUAAUCUGUCGUACUUUGUGUUUGCUGUUCUUGUUUCUGAUCAUUGUUUGUUUGUCUUUAACGGCUGCGGCGAGUGCUCCAAGUCAUGCACUUGAACCUCUGAAAAACACUGAUGAACAGCCUCCAGAGACGGCGACUUCGCAUGAACGUAACAAAACGUGUCCAGCUGAACAGACUGAUUGUGAGACUCCACAGGUAGAUUCUAAUAAAGCAGCCUUGCACUCAGAAGAUGCUACAGUAGAUGAAGACACUGUAGGUGAUGGUCACUUGAAAGAGGGUAAAGUUCUUCAACAAGUAAAACAGAACCUUGAAGGUGAUACUUCAGCACUAACCAGUGGCCUCGAGAGUGCUGUUGCUACUUCUCGACCCCAUUCUCCUGAAGAAGAAGUUAAAUCAAGUCUUCCUGAAUCUCACAAAGCUCCUUCGUCGGGUGCUAAGGCUCCUCCUGAGGGAAACAAAGACAGUUUACAAACACACAAUUCCCACGAACAAAGUGAUUCUCAUGUUAACGAAGAAGAAGGGGAAAGA